AUGGAGCCCCAAUGGGAGUCGAAGGCUGCUCAAGCUGCAACUGAGGAGGAUUGGUCUGUUGCUUUUGUCCAUGCCGGAGCCGGUUAUCAUUCCGUCCCUAAUGAGCCUGCUCAUCGCGAAGCUUGCGCCUCGGCUUGCCGGGUUGCAAUUGCGUUUCUCAAGAAUGGUGGGUCCGCGACGGAUGGUGUUGAAAUGGCUUUGAAAAGCUUGGAAGAUAAUGAGAUUACCAAUGCUGGUUAUGGGAGCAAUUUAUCUUUGGAUGGGACAGUUGAGUGUGACGCCUCUAUUAUGGAAGAUAGUGGGCGUUCUGGUGCUGUGGGAGCCGUUUGGGCAUUUAAAAACCCUUCGGCACUCGCCCGCCUCGUCCUGGACAAUGCUCGUAAACCAUUAUCACUCAAGAGGGUCCCUCCUAUCUUCUUAGUCGGCCAUGGUGCUCUUGCCUAUGCGAAAGAACAUUUCUUCCCCGAGGUUGAUAACAAAGCAUUAAUCACUAAGCAUGCACACGCUCGCUGGAACAAGUGGAGGAAAGAGCUUGAUACAGCAGAGCAGGAGGAGCGAGCAACGAAUAAACGCCAAAGAGCGGGCCGACGUCCCACCUCCGCGGCUAAGCCAGCGGUGGAAAAAGCCACUGUGAGGGCACCAAUACAGCCAGACAACGAAGAUCUGGUUACAGACACUGUCGGUUGUAUUUGUGUUGACCGUUGGGGAAAUGUUGCUGCCGGAAGUAGCUCUGGAGGAAUCGGGAUGAAGCAUCGUGGCAGGGUUGGGCCGGCAGCAUUGAUUGGCGUUGGAACCUGGAUUGCUCGUGAAGGCCAGUCGGUUGUCGCAGCCACAUGCUCUGGCACUGGUGAACAAAUGGCUCAUACACUUAUUGCUUCCAAAACUGUUGACCGGAUAAUCGCUAUGGAAGACGAGAUUGAGGGCCUGAGGAAUAGUAUUGAGGAAGACUUUAUGGGUUCGAGAAUUGUCAAAGAGUCGCCCAUGUCUUCUGCAGUAGGUAUCAUGGCUGUCAAGAUUGACAAAGACUCUUCAAAAGGUAGAAUCAAGUUUCUCUACGGGCACACCACUGACAGCAUGGUAAUGGCUCACAUGACCCCAUCCAUGAAGGACCCCGAGACUAUAAUGUCCCGCAAUAGGAAUAACCCCGAAACAUGCAUUGGAGGGAAAUCUAUUCGAGCUUCUAAGCUUGCAGUGGAGUGA